GUCGGUGACUAGCCGGUAUAUAGAGUAAGUAUACGGCGGUAAGAUGAUCUAAAGCUGUAUAUAAGCUCGGGGUUUGUGCUUUGAUAGUGCAGCUUAGCAGAGUUCCACUAUAUAUGAAAGUCAAUACUGCCUGGCGGGGUAAGAUCAAGAGGGGCGGUGAUGGUAAAAAGUAGCGUCGGUUCAAACCUUUACACAUACGACGCCGCACCUACCGUCCCGCCUAUAUCUGCCAAGCCCGAUCAACGACUGCUUAUUAAUAACCAGCUCCCAGGUCAGCUCCUAGUAUCGACUCCGAGCUCAACCCUUACCACCAUGGCUUCACCGACCACCUUCAUAGUGGGCCUAUCCGGGCUAUCCUCGACAGGCAAAACGACGCUGUCGCGACUCCUGCGCUCCCUAAUCCCGUCCUCGUUCAUUCUCCACCAAGACGACUUCUACCACCCCGAUGGUGCCAUCCCACUGCACGCAGGUGGCCUACAGGACUGGGACUGCGCCGGCUCCAUCAACUGGGAGUACCUAUGCCGGGUUCUCGACAGCGUUCAUGAGUUCGGCGCUCUGCCCGCAGAUCUGAAAAGCCUCCAGGACGACUCUCCCGUCGGCGCGGAGCCGGAGCAGAAGCUGGUUUCGCCCGAGACGAUGCGCCGGCUGAAGAAGCGCCUGGAUGAUAACAUCCGCGCGGAUGUCAGGGUCGCUAUUCUGGACGGGUUUCUCAUGCUGCAUAGGGACAGUCCGGUCGAGGAGAGGAUGGAUGUUAAGGUCUUGCUGCGCGUGCCGCACGAGACGGCAAAGCAGCGGCGUGAGGCUAGGAAUGGAUAUGUCACUAUUGAAGGAUUUUGGACUGAUCCUCCGGGUUACUUCGAUAAGAUCGUUUGGCCCAAUUAUGUCGAUGAACACAAGUACCUAUUCGUCGAUGGCGACGUCGAGGGCAGGUUGACUUCUGAGGCGGAAGAGAAGAGGAGAAUACAUACGCCCGAAUCCCUCGACGCAUCGAUGGAGGAGACACUUGAGUGGGCGGUCAACAUCCUUAUCUCGGAGCUCAAGCUCAAGCUCGCCUCUGCUUCUUCUCCCUCCUCCCUGUAGAAUCCAAACAAGAACAUACCCC